GUCAUUUCUCCAUAUGCCCAUUAACCAUUAUAUUGUCUUUUCCAAAACCUCAUUAGUCAUUUCUUACUUAUCUCUCAGACCUCAUCUUCUCCUCUCAAUACUCUGUAUUCACAAUUGCCGCCCAUCCGUACAAAUUCAAUGGAAACUCAUCAACAACAACAACAAACUAAACCCAUCAUCUCCCCAUCAUCUUCUCCUGCACAUGAAUUCUCCUUCACCAUUUCCUUACAAUGUUCCUCAACAACAACAAUUACAAACAACCCAUUAAACCCAUCAUCAUCAUCAUCAUCAUCAUCAUCAUCAAAUUCUUUACCCACAAAAAGUCCAUUAACCGCCAUUGAUUUAUCUCCAGCAGAUGAAAUAUUCUUCCAUGGUCAUUUACUUCCUCUUCACUUCCUUUCUCAUCGCCCAUCAACACAUUCUUUGGACAGUUUUACCCUUCCUGUAAUUCCUGAUUCAUCACAUGCCAUCACCAGAACAGAAGAUAAAGCUGAAAAAGUCGAAGAACACGACGAAGAUGAUGAUGAUGAUCAAGAUGAUGAUCAUUGCAUCUCAUUUAAUAAAGAUGUAAUUGAUCAUAUUCAGUUCAAUAAAUGCAGAGCAGAACAAAGAAUCAACAAUACUCAUAAAUCUAAGUCUUUUUCUUUAUUUGGGUUAUCCAAGUGGAAAAAAACUUCUUCUGGGUUAGAAAACAAGGAGAAAUUGGAGAACGAUGAUAUUAAUAAUAAUAAGAGAAGGAAGGUGAAAUUUGAUGUAAGUCAAAUGGUAAAAAGGUAUAUAAAAAUGGUAAAGCCAUUAUUAACAGCAAGAGGAGGAAGGAGAGAAAACAAGAUCAUAAGAGGUGGUGGAAGAUCACAAUCAUAUUCAUUUUCAGGAACAGCUACUCCAAAACAAAAUUAUUAUAAUAAUAAUAAUAAUAAUAAUAAUAAUAAUAAUAAUAAUAAUAAUAAUAUAAGAGGAAGAAGAAGAGGAGAGUAUUCAGCACCAGCUUCAAUGAGAACUUCCCCAACAAAUAGUGGAGUAUUAGUAGCCACACCACUAAAUAGUGUAAGUGUAAGUGAUAGUACUAUGGAAGAAUUACACUCUGCUAUUCAAGCUGCUAUUGCUCAUUGUAAGAAUUCUAUUUCUGUUCAUCAACAAGAUUUACCUACUUCUCUUCCUGUUGUAUGAGACUGUCUCACAGUAAGACGACCUCAAAACAAGAAGCCUAAAAGAUAAAAGUUUUUAUUAUUGGACUAUUUAACCCAUGUAUGAGACAUAUCUCACUGUGAGACUGUCUAAUACAACAAUUUGUGGUUCUUUGUUAGUUAGAAUUUUGUUACAUACAAUUGUUAACAAAACAUACACUUAUCCAUCUCCAUGUUGGAGUGACUUCUGCUUAGACGAGGUUUUUAGAAUAUCCGAUGUGUAUAUAAUUCUAUUUUUGUAAUAAUAAAUGUUCUUUUUUUGAAUUUUGAAAAAUACGUAUGGUACACACUAUAAUUUUACGUUUUUGAUCAGUCUACUACAAUAUUAGAAAAAUACCAUCAAAAAAUUCGAUAGUAAUUUUGUUUAAUACUCUCUUUGUUCCAUUUUUCUCCAUGUUGGAGUGACUUCUGCUUAGACGGGAUUUUUAGAAUGUCCGAUGUAUAUAUAAUUUUAUUUUACUGUCAAAAAAGUCAAUAAUAAUUUUGUUUAUUAUUACUCUCUUCGUUCUAUAUAGUACGCUACAUAUUAUGAUUUUACGUUUUUGA